UCCAUUGAGAAUUAAAGUAAAACUGUUCAGACUUUACAAUAGCCCACGACAAAAACAGGAAAUGCAUCCAUAUCCACGGUAUCUUUGGACACAUCUACAAAGAAAAGCACGGCAAGUUAACCAUUUUUCCACUCUUUUUCUUUGGCUUAAAGUAAAGAAAGUGACAUGACAGUGUCCCAAAAAAAGAAAUGAAGGUAGCGUGGAACUUUCAGAAACUCUUACAAAAAAAAAAAAAAAAAAAAAAAAUUACUUGGGAUUAGAAUUUUAGUUUGUUGUUACUCUCGGAAGAUAGAAUUACGAAGAAAGACUUCUUUGUCACAGUUGAACUCUCUAUAUUCCCAUAAACUCUCCCUUGAGUCUCAAAACUCUCUGAGUUAAUCCACAGGACUAAGAUACAACUCUCAUCGGGAGUUCUUGCUCUCACAAACUCUCACCUGGAGUUUAAGUACAAUACUGAGAGAUAAUACAAGUGAACCACCAACCUCUAAACAACUGACACAACGACUUUGCACUACGCUGCUGGUUUUGAUGAGGUGGUACCGCAGCAAUCGUUGACUGUUCUUGGGUGGUUCUCGGCUCUUCUAGGCGGCUGCAACAUCACAUAGGUCAUACCAAACUAAUUCAAACAAACGAAUUUUCUUGACAUCGUAUUGAUGCCCAAAUGUUUAAAAGAUAUCUUUUCUUUCAAUCCUUCAUUUAGCAUUGCAUGCUAAUCACAUUUAUUAACUGUAGCAUGUGACGAGCAUUUUUCUUUAUAAACAUGAAAUAAAGUAAAGAGCAAGCGUGGAAGUUAAAGAUACAUUAUGAAUUUAAGCAUGAGAAAUGCAUUCCUGUUUUGAAAAAGGGGUCAAUUGGAGCUUAUUACUGGCGAUAAUGUUCAUGGACUCUUUAAAUAGAUUCAUUAUUCUCCUAACUUUCUCACUACUCAUUAAUGCUCCAUAAUUGCCAAAUACACCUAAGUUUUUUCUCCUCGUACAUCACCAAAACAUGUCUUCCAUCCAGCCCACAUUAUCGUCCAAAUCUACUUCCAACUUUGAUGAGCUUCGAUGGGUUAUUCAUAUCCGUCGAACGCUAGAGGAAGAGCUUGAGGAUGAUGGCGAAGUUCCUGUUUGCAUCUUCAAUGUCCCCAAGAUCCUUAUGGCAAAUGAUCCUGAUUCCUAUACGCCACAACAACUUGCCAUUGGCCCAUACCAUUGUUGGAGUCCGGAGCUCUAUGAGAUGGAGAGGUACAAGAUUUCUGCGGAAAAAAUAACCCAAAAGAAUCUCCACGGCGUUACGUUUGAAACUCUGGUUGAACAACUUACAAAGCUUGAGGAAAGGAUCCGAGCAUGCUACCACAAGUACCUGGAUUUCAACAGUGAAACUUUAGCGUGGAUGAUGGCCAUCGAUGCAUCAUUCUUGCUUGAAUUCCUUCAAGUUUAUGCCAUCAAAGAAGGAAAGUCCAUAUCAAGACUUUCCUCAAGGAUGUCAUACUUGGUUGAUCAUGCUGGGAGGAAAUCAGCACACAAUGCAAUCGUUAGGGACAUGGUGAUGCUUGAGAAUCAAAUUCCACUCUUUGUUCUGAGGAAAGUGUUGGAAUUCCAAUUCUCGUCCUUAGAGGCUGCCGAUGAUAUUUUGUUUUCGAUGCUGAUGGGAUUCUGCAAAGAACUUUCACCAUUCAAGAUGGUUGAAGACAUGCCAAAGCUUUCAGUCUCAGAGUGUGCCCACUUGCUGGACUUUUUGUAUAACAUGAUCACACCCAACGUGGAGGAACCAUCUGAUCAAAUUAUCGAAGUUGAUGAAGAUCAAAGUGAAGCUACAACUGGAGAGGAAAAGUCUUCAUUAGAUGAUUCGAAAUACGUGAAACAGUUCCUCCGUGAGGUAUGGAAGUUGCUUUCAAAGCUAAAAGCAGGGCCAAUUCGUCUCAUAAAAAAGGUACUUGUAUCUAAACCUUUGAAAGUGAUAAUAAAAUUGCCUUGGACAAUCCUGUCCAACCUUCCUGGAUUCAGAAUCUUGAAGCAACCUGUUGAGUACUUUUUCUUCACCCAAGAUAAAGAACGAAUCAAACCUGAAGAUAAGAAUUCCAGCUCCAACAACGCCAUUAGCAGACCUCCAUUGGUGGAGGAGAUUACUAUUCCUUCUGUGACUGAGCUCUCAAAAUCUGGUGUCUGCUUUGUGCCCACAAGUGGCUGCAUCUCAACCAUUAGUUUCGAUACUAAGACAGCCACGUUUUACCUCCCGAUCAUUAGUUUAGAUUUGAAUACUGAGGCAAUUCUGAGAAACUUAGUAGCAUAUGAAGCAUCAAAUGCAACAGGGCCAUUGGUUUUUACUCGUUAUACAGAGUUAAUGAAUGGAAUUAUUGACACUGAAGAGGAUGUGAAGUUGCUGAGAGAAAAGGGUAUCAUUUGGAAUCAUUUGAAGAGCGACCAGGAUGUGGCAAAUCUGUGGAAUGGGAUGACCCAGUCCAUAAAAUUGACAACAGUGCCAUUCUUAGAUAAGGUGAUCGCAGAUGUGAACAAGUAUCACAACGGAAGGUGGAAGGUGAAAUUUGGAAAAUUCAUGAAGUUAUAUGUUUUUGGUUCAUGGCAGCUUCUCACUGUGUUGGCUGCGGUUCUUCUAUUGCUGUUGAUGUCAAUGCAAGCUUUUUGCUCUGUUUACAGCUGCAGUCGAACAUUUCGUAUCAAUCCCACUCAAAAAUCCCCUUAGUUUAACAUUUUUUUCUGAGAUUUUUUCAGAGUCUCUGUCCUCUACAAAAUGAAGUGCUCGUAAGAAAAUAUGAGUGUUUAUUUAUUUAUUGUUUUUUAUUUUUUAUUUUUUAUUUUUUCAUGGAAAUUUAGUUUGAAAUGAUAGAAUGUAUUUAUCAUUGUUGAGUUGAUACUUUACUGUUUCGUCAUUUUUCAGAGAAUCAGAUACGGUAAUGAUGCAGGAUUGUAGUAAUUAAUUGUUAAUGGUUCCAAUUCCACACAUAAUGCGAUGUUCAAGUUUGUGCGCUUAAAAAUAGAAUCCAAGCAAAGAAGCUUUUAUAUUAUUUA